GCGCGCGCUCAGCAAAAAACAGGUGUGUUAUUAUUGUGUGUACUUUAGUGUAUUUUAUUUUCUUAGUGAGUUGUGUUUAAAUGUAGUAAAUGUAACAAUGGACGAAUCAAUUUUUAAAGAGAAAUAUCAAAAGUACAAGCUGCGUGUUAAGGUAUGGGAGAAGGACUUUAAAAAGAAGCACGGACGUGUGCCCUCCAAGUAUGAUAUUAGGGAGGCUAGCCAAGAGAUACGUGAUUCUUACAAGAUGUAUUACAAGUUGAAGACAUCAUUUCUCGAGGAGACGUUAAAUGAUGUGCUCUGCGAGGAUGGAUUUGAUGUGCUGGAAAUGACGCAGUCGGAGGAUUUGGGCGUCACAUUGUUGGGUGAGGCGGAGGAGGAGAGCGUGAAUGGUGGACCACAGUUACCGCUGGACAUCUCAGCAAUUGUACAACAAAGCAGCACUGUGAAUUUCUCCAAUUUAAAAGAGUUGCCAACGCCACAGGCUUUGAGUAAUCUCAGCAAUCUGGAUGAGAAUCAUGUGAUACGCAAGUUUGAGGCCAUUGAGGAGCUGCCGCAGAAUCAAAAUGCCUGGGGUGAAAGUGUCAGCAAGCAGCAAUCAUUGCCAGUGGAGCUGCCCUCCUCUUUAGAGGCUGCCAAAUCGCGUGCUCCCAGCAUUAAGCCGAGCAUCACCAGCAAACUCUUUCAGUCCACGCGCAGCUUUGCCAAGCGUAAUCCUCGCAAGCCAAUGUCACGCAGCUCCCUCAAUCUAAGCAGCAGCAGCAGCUUAAGUGGAGUACAUGAUGAGCAGACGGAGCAGCUGCCAGAUUUGGAAACCAUAUUAAUACGCAAGGCGCAGGAUUAUAAGGCGACAGAUGCCAUAGCUGCCAAUGCAUUGCUGGCCACAGAUCACAGCAAGGAGGCUAUCAAGACGCAUGUGGAUGAGCGUUGGCUGCAACGCAACACGGCGGAGAAUACACUGGAGCAGCGGGAAUUGCACAAUACGCAGCACAACAACAACAACAAUGCCAUGCCGGCCAAGAAACACAACUUUGGACUGUCCAAUAUAGAUGUGAGCAAGCUGCAGUCAAGGGAGCAGCCGGCAGAGUCGAAGCCACUGCCGGAGGUAAAGGAACAGCCACAGGAACUGCCUGUUCCCGCUGCUCCAGCUGCUGCUGCAGCUGUUGUUGAGAAUUCCGACUCCGAUUCCGUUGUAGCUGACAGCGAGGAGGAAGCGGAGCAGCCAGAGUAUCGUCACAUUGCCAAGCGACGCAAAAUAAUGCCCGCAAAUGAGUCCCCGCCAGAGAUUCCAGUACAGCCAGCUGUGGAGACAGUAAACAAGGAAGAAAAAGAAGCUAGCGAGGAGGAGGAGCAGGAGUUGAAGGACUUUUCGGCAGAUGAGGAGCGUGAUGCGACUUAUGAGCCGAAGCUAAGCAAGCGGGAGCAGCGGAAACAAGCGACAGCCAAGCGAAGAAAUGAGAAAAAGCCAAAGGCGGAGAAGCCAGCCAAGGCAGUGAAGCCGCUGAAGCAACCAAAAGCACCAAAAGCAGCAAAAGAACCCAAAGCAAAGGCUAAAGCAAAAACCAAAGCAGCUGCCAAGACAGCUGUCCAGGUGGCGGCGGAGGAGGAGCAGGAGCCCGAGGAGCAGCCACUUAAUCCCGAAGAUCUCAAAUAUGUGCUAGCUCUGGAAGCCGGUGACAUUACCUCUGUGCCGCGCAUAAAGCCCGCUGAACUGGAGCAAGCGGAUGAAAUGGCGCAACGUUAUAUCAGCAACUUUGCUAUGGGAACGACCACAACUCCUGGUCUGGCUGGCCAGGUGGAUGAGAAGCGUGCUGCGGCACGCAAGAAGCUGCAGGAGAAGAUUGCCGCCGGCAAACUCAACGAGAACUUUGUCACCAUCAACAUACAAAAGAAGAAAUUUGCACGCGGCAAAAAGUCCAUAAAUUUCAGCAAAUACAAGAAAACGCAAUGGAGGCACAAGAAGCGAGUGGCGGCUCUAACUGGUCCCGAUAUGGAUAUGGGUGGCUGUGAUGGUGGUGUGUUGACCUGUUUCCAGUGCGGUGGCGUCGGACACUUUGCCCAGCAGUGCAAGGUGAAGGGAGAUACGCUGCUGCCACUGACCGCCCAGCUGGAGGAGGAUCCAUCGCCGUUUCCAACGUUGGAGGAGGCGGAACAGAUGGCCACACAGGGUGCUCUGGCGGCACACAGUCGCAACAUUGAACGCUUGCCACAGGCAGCGAAUGCAGCCAUCUAUCAAACAGUCAAUAGUAGCAGCAGCAGCGAUGAGGAAGAGGAUCCUCAAGAGAAUCCACUUGAACAUGAUGCAGCUCACAUGUCCAGCGAUGAUUCGGAUAUGGACUUUGAGGCACUCGAUGCCGCUGUCGAAGCCUCACAGCAUCAGACCCCAACCCAAUCCCAAGCUCAAAUAUCGCCCAUUAAAAACUAUGUGGGUCACAAAAUACCCGAGGAGUUUCUCAAGCAAGCUGGCUUGGAUGCCAGCUCCAAAAACGGUGUCACAAAGAGUCAACACGGUGGUGUUAAACCACUCUACGAACUCAAUGCGGAUGGCAGUGUGCCGGAACUGACGGAGGAGGUGAUCAAGGCGCUUCACAUGUUUGGACACACGGAUUUUCGCAAGGGUCAGGAUCGGGCUGUGAUGCGCAUAUUGAGUGGUCUGUCCACAUUGGUUACCCUCAGCACGGGCAGCGGCAAAUCGUUGUGUUACCAACUGCCAGCCUAUUUAUACAGUCAGAGACAAGGAGCCAUUACACUGGUCAUAUCGCCACUGGUGUCCUUGAUGGAGGAUCAGGUGACGGGUGUGCCACAUUUUCUGCGUGCCCAUUGCCUGCACACGAAUCAAACGCCACAGCAGCGUCUCAAGAUCCAGCAGCUGAUUGCCAAUGGAGAGAUUGACAUAUUGCUAGUGUCUCCGGAGGCUGUGGUCUCCGGUGAACGUGCGACGGGAUUUGGUGCCAUCUUGCGGACAUUGCCGCCCAUUGCCUUUGCCUGCAUCGAUGAGGCCCAUUGUGUGUCCCAAUGGAGUCACAAUUUUCGUCCCAGCUACUUGAUGAUCUGCAAGGUGCUCAAGAAGAAUCUGGGCGUCCAAACGGUGCUGGGAUUGACGGCAACGGCAACGUUGCCCACACGCAUCAGCAUCAUCAAUCACUUGGGCAUCACGGAUGGGGAACGUGGCAUUAUUAGUGAUAUUCCAUUGCCGGAUAAUCUGAUACUCUCCGUCUCCAAGGAUGAAAAUCGCGACGAGGCGCUACUGAAGCUGCUUAACAGUGAGAGAUUCGAGGGCUGUCAGUCGAUUAUCAUUUACUGCACGCGUCGAGAUGAGUGCGAACGCAUUGCUGGCUUCAUUCGCACCUGUAUGCAGGAUCGCAAGUCCAGUGCAACGGAGGAGCAGACGAAGAAGAAGCGUAAGCGUGUCAACUUGCAGGCGGAGCCUUAUCAUGCUGGCAUGCCCGCCUCAAGGCGUCGCACUGUUCAGAACGCGUUUAUGUCCAAUGAGUUGAGGAUUGUGGUGGCCACCAUUGCCUUUGGCAUGGGCAUCAAUAAACCGGAUAUUCGUGCUGUCAUCCAUUACAAUAUGCCGCGUAAUUUUGAGAGUUAUGUGCAGGAAAUUGGACGCGCUGGUCGCGAUGGUUUGCCAUCCCAUUGUCAUCUGUUUAUGGACGCCAAGGGCGGUGAUCAGAACGAGCUGCGGCGUCAUGUCUAUGCCAAUUCCAUUGAUCGCCAUGUCAUCCGUAAGCUGCUGCAACGCAUCUUUGUGCCCUGCUGCUGUGAUAAACAACUGGGCAAAUCAUCUGUGGAGUCGGCAGCUGUCAAUGAACCCUUGGAUGCAGCUGAUUUCAGUGAUGUGUCUGCUGGCCGUGCACACGUCUGUCCUGGCCAUGAGAUUGGCUUCUCGGUGGAGCAAACUGUCGAGGCAUUGGACAUACCAGCUGAGAAUAUAUCAACGCUACUCUGUUAUAUGGAAUUGGAUCCACGCUGGUGCAUGAAUGUGCUCAGCUCCGCCUACAUUAUGGCCAAGGUGAUAUCCUACGGUGGGCCCAAGUAUCUAAAACAUGCCGCCAAGGAAUGUCCGCCUCUGGCAAUGGCCAUUGCCCUGCAGAUCAAGAACAAGACUUUUAAGGAAGAUGCCAAUAUUAUUGAGUUUUCUGUUAUUGAUAUUGCCGCCGGCAUUGGCUGGAACAGCGGUGUGGUCAAGUAUCAGCUGAAGAACCUGGAGUGGAUGCAAGUUAAUGGCUUUCCCAAGCGCUCACCGAUUACUGUGAGCUUUUUUGAUUUGGGUUUUCGCAUCAAGGCGCCGGGAGAUUUCAGUGAAGCGGAAAUUGAUAACGCACUGGACACGCUCUAUUCACGAUCGGUGAAACAGGAGCGCACUCAGCUUAUUCAGCUGCAGUAUGUGGCACACGGUCUUUCCGCUGUGGCAUACAACAUGUGCGCACAUUGUUGCAGCGUCGAUUUUCCCCAAGAUCGUUGCACACAACUGAAGGGCAUUGUUAGGAACUACUUUCGCAACGAUUAUCCACAGGAUUUGCAGCUGGAAAUUGAGCCCAGCGAUGUGCCGGAUGAUCACAUAAUUGCCGAUGUGCAUGCACUGAUCAACAUGUAUCCCGACAAUACCUUCAGUGGCCGCAACAUUGCGCGUAUUUUCCAUGGCAUCUCCAGUCCCAACUAUCCGGCUGUCAUGUGGGGGCGUUGUCAUUAUUGGCGUGCUCACACCAAAGUCGAUUUCAAUCGCAUACUUAAGUUGGCCAAUAUGGAAAUUGUCAAAAGACGCACGUGAUUAUUAGUUAUAUAUAUAAUAUGUCGAUAUUUUAUGUUUAUUUUUAUUCAAGUUAAAUUUUUCCCAACAUAAACUAA